CUAAACUUGGUUCAACAGCAGUGACUGUGCAGUGGUGGCUUUGAGAACAGAACAGUUUUACGACUUCGAUUAAGAUAAUCUAGGAAUCUAUUGCUUCUAUUUGAGACAUUUUUCACAUCGACCCAUAGAAGCCACUGAAUUGUUUUUAAUAAAUGCAUUCUGAACAUCAUUGAUCUGAAAGGAGAUUUUAAAAAGAUUUUCCAUGAUAAUCUGAUACGAAACAGUUAGCCUAGUUCGGGGGAUAGCAGUGCAACAGUUCGAACCGUGUGUAAUUCUCUGCAUCUUACUCCAUUCCAAUCUCCAAACAGCAAGAAUUCUUCGGGAGGAAAACCUUAAACUCGGAAACCAAAGGAAGACCUAAACUGCAGGUGGCUCACGGAAAAGAUGACGGCAAUGAGAUUGAUUUCAUCGCUUUUGCUGCUGGUGUUUUUGCAGUCCGGAGUUUUUGCCGCAAGAAGAUUCCGAGGUGGUCGCAACCCGCAACCACGGCGGGCACCACCUUCUCCCACAUACCGGGACCGGGGUGACACCACGGAGAGUUUCCCUUUGGAUUUCACCGCUGUCGAAGAGAACAUGGACAACUUCAUGACGCAGGUGAAGAACCUGGCGCAGUCCCUCUACCCGUGUUCGGCGCAGAAGCUCGACUAUGAUAUGAAGCUGCACUUUUUGGAGAAUACUUCAGUCACGUGCAACGAUGGAACGCCAGCGGGGUACUACAUGAAAGAAUCCAGAGGGAGCAGACGGUGGUUGAUAUUCUUGGAGGGCGGCUGGUACUGCUUCAACAAAGAAAACUGUGACAGCCGAUACGACACCAUGAGGAGACUGAUGAGCUCGUCCAAGUGGCCUCAAACCAAAACAGGCACAGGCAUCCUGUCUCCACUCCCAGAGGAAAACCCUCACUGGUGGAACGCCAACAUGGUUUUCAUCCCCUACUGCUCUAGUGAUGUGUGGAGUGGUGCCUCAGCCAAGACAGACCAGAAUGGCUAUGCCUUCAUGGGGUCUCUGAUCAUUCAGGAGGUGGUGAAGGAUCUACUGACCAAGGGGCUUGACAACGCCAAGGUUCUACUACUGGCUGGCAGCAGUGCGGGGGGGACGGGGGUCCUGCUGAACGUGGACCCUGUGGCUGAGCUGCUGGAGGGGCUGGGGCACCCUGGGAUCCAGGUGAGGGGUCUGGCUGACUCGGGCUGGUUCCUGGACAACAAGCAGUACCGAUCUACUGACUGUCACGACACCAUCAGCUGUGCCCCCACGGAGGCCAUCAAGAGAGGCAUCAAGUACUGGGGCGGCGUGGUGCCAGAGAGGUGUAGACAGGUCCACCUGGGGGAGGAGUGGAACUGUUUCUUUGGCUACAGAGUGUUCCCCUCCAUAAAGAGCCCAGUGUUCGUGGUCCAGUGGUUGUUUGACGAGGCCCAGCUGACCGUCGACAACAUCCAUCUGACCGGUCAGCCUGUCCAGGAGGGGCAGUGGCGCUACAUCCAGAACCUAGGCAUCGAGCUGAGGAACACGCUCAAAGACGUCCCGGCCAUGUUUGCUCCAGCUUGCCUCUCACAUGAAGUCAUCACAAGGAAUUACUGGAUCGACGUUCAGGUCAAAGGCACCUCCCUGCCCCGAGCCCUGCACUGCUGGGACCGCAGUCUCCAAGACAACAGCCGGAACAACAAGGCCCCGCCCAAGGGCUGCCCCGUCCAUUUGAUUGACAGCUGCCCCUGGCCACACUGCAACCCCACCUGCCCCACCAUCCGGGACCAGUUCACGGGCCAGGAGAUGAACGUGAUCCAGUUCCUCAUGCACAUGGGCUUUGAUGUGCAGAAGAUGGCCCAGCAGCAGGGCAUGGACCCCAGCAAGCUACUGGGGAUGCUGAGCAGCGGGAGCUAAGGGAACAGGAGUAAAGUCUUAGUACAGUAGGCUAGACCAGGGGGCUGGGCGCUAUGGGGCCAAAUCCUACAUUUGAGAUCCCCGAAAAUAGGAUAAAAAAACAAAAACAAAAUUUAAAUCUCCCAUUGACAUCAAUUUUUGAUGGGGGGGGGGGGGGGUUUAGUUUAUUUUGGACUUGUGAAGUAGCCUUUUAAGCAAAAUAUUUGAGUUUUAUGUGGAUCUCAAAGUAGGAUUCGAUGCCAAGUCUGGUCCCAACACCUGAUACCUCCAGCUCUGCCCCCAUGUUCCCUGUCCCCAUCCCCAUCCCAUUCACCUCAGCCCUAACCUCAGUCACACCUAAGGGCUACACUCAGUCUGACCCCUAACCCCUCACCUCCAACCCACCCGACAGCGCCUCUCACAACCCAGUACUGUUAAGAGUACUGGGGCAAACAUGCCACACAGACAAGGCACACCUCUCUGCUACUCUCCUUAAAUUAUCUUUUGGUUGUAAAAGAAAAAGAAAAAUCACGAAUGUAAUCCAGUUUUAAGGAUGCUCAUUGUUUAGUUGUUGUUGGCUCUGUUCGUUUUGUUUUUUACCUUAACUUUUAUCCUGUGUUUAUAGUUCUUAAUUGUGUAAUUGUUUUAAAAAGGCAGCAAUGACUUAAGGAAGUUGUCUUUAUAAAGGAGUCUAUAUAGAGUAUAUGAAGUAAACACAAUGUUAAUGUCUGUCUAACUGUGGGUCUGUGGGUCUUUUCUACCACAGUAUUUCUUCCUCAUGUCAAGAACAGGCACACACACAUUAAAGGUGUGGAAAGCACUGGACAAGUAGUCCUUCUCUAAGGAGGCAGUGGCUGCUUCCCAAAUGCCACCUUAUUCCCUAUAUAGUGCACUACUUUUGACUAUAUAGGGACUAGGGUGCCAUUUGGGACACAGACAAUAACAUGGAAACAACUGUGGAUUAUUUAGUGAGGUGAAACAUUCAGAACGUUACAGAUAUAAAUGGAACUAAUGGAUCCAGCACGAUUCCCAAUAGGAACGUGCCAGAUAUCACAUCUACUCUACACAACACAUAUCUAUCUGAACGUUCUGUAACCCUUGCACCCUCCUGAACAGGGUCAGUAUUUACCCCUGUCUCAUCUCCAAGGCAGUGGAGGGAUGGGAAAAGAGUGGAAAGAGAGAGAGGGAUGAGACAUGAAGAAUGCAGAAACCCACAACAUACUGUAACAACAAGAACAUCAGACUGUUCUUAAUACGAUGCUAGGCAACACAAUCAACAAAUCACUAGCUGGCUGACAGUUUGGAUUGAUACAGUAUCAUAAAUGCAUAACAUCAUGGCUGCAACCCGGAAUUGACCAGUCAGAUUGGGAGGCCGGAAUUAACCUUUUUAUAAUGAGCUGUAGCAAUACAUGUUCAGGUUAAUUUGAAAACAGGCAGGAAUUGUAUAAUGGACCAAUGAGAACUGUUUGACACAACCACCAAUUGGAGGAACAUCAUAAAAGUUCAAACAAAGGUUUCUCAUGGGGCUUCCAACUAAAGAAAUGACGAUUCAGAUGGUUGUGGUAGAGAAGAGUCCAUUAUACAGGUAACUACAUCCCUUACCUUGACACAGGUUGACAUGGUUCCGAUCCUGAGGUAUUGAACACAUAGAAAUAAAAUUCUAGAGGAAUUCUGUUUCUAUGAUUGACCAUAAUGGAGGAUCUCAUGUCCACACCGUGCCAGUCUAGAGUUCUACGGUGCUCUCCCUGAUUUGUGGCGCUCAUGUGGGCCUCAGUGCAGCAGACCUGGGGUUCAAAUAGUAUUUGAAAUCUUUGAAAUACUUUACUUGUGCUUGAUUUAGCAUGUCUGGCACAGUGGAACCAAUAGAAUAGUCCCAAAAGUGCAAGCCACUCACCCUCCCAAUCAGGCUCCUCCACGCUCCUCCACGCAGGCUCAAUCAAACACUCAAAGCAUCUGAAAAGGAAACAAAAACUGCUUGAACCCAGGUUCUGUAGGGCACUCACACAGGCCCACUAAUAGUAAAUCUAUACAACAGUGCCAAUGUACGUAGUCCUCUUUACCUCUCAACAGAAUCAUCAGCUAUACUCCUUUUUAGUCAGCCAUGACCGUUUCCAUGCAUACAGUACUGUAUAUCAUCACAUCAGAAGGUGAACUACACAUUAGAUGGGCUUUGUUGAACAACAAACUGUAGAAUCAAUGCAAUUUCCAUUCAAAUGGAGAAGAAUAUCACAUACUGGAUAAUUUUUGUCCGAGUGUUUGUAUAGGUUAUUUUUAAGUGUUCACUAUUGUAACUCCUUUUCUUUAUAUUUUUAAUAGAAAAUCACUUUUUAAUAUAAUGAUAAUGUUGUAUGUAAUGCUCAAUGUUAAGUCGUAUAAACUAUGUUUUAAAGGACCUUUUUCAGCAGACACCAGAGAAGGAAAGGUAUUACUAAUUGUAAUUUUGUUCUGUAACAUAUUUUUUAACAGAAAAAACUCAAGCUACAUUGGUAAUUUACAUAUUUAUUUUGUGAUGUAAAUCAUAUUUAUAAGUGCUAUUUUCACAGAGAAGUGAUUCUUUGUCAAUUGUAAAUAUAUUGCAAUUUUUUUUCUCUUUGUGUUGAUUGCAUGUCUUUGUAUCAGACUUUAAAGAAAGGACACAUUACAAUUAUUUCAAAAUAAAUGUUUUCUUGUUGUC